AUGGCGUGCAGCCUCAAGGACGAGCUGCUCUGUUCCAUCUGUCUGAGCAUCUACCAGGACCCGGUAAGCCUGGGCUGCGAGCACUACUUCUGCCGCCGCUGCAUCACUGAGCACUGGGUGAGACAGGAGGCGCAGGGCGCCCGCGACUGCCCCGAGUGCCGGCGCACGUUCGCCGAGCCCGCGCUCGCGCCCAGCCUGAAGCUAGCCAACAUCGUGGAGCGCUACAGCGCCUUCCCGCUGGACGCCAUCCUCAACGCGCGCCGCGCCGCGCGACCCUGCCAGGCGCACGACAAGGUCAAGCUCUUCUGCCUCACGGACCGCGCGCUGCUCUGCUUCUUCUGCGACGAGCCGGCGCUGCACGAGCAGCACCAGGUCACCGGCAUCGACGAUGCCUUCGAGGAGUUGCAGAGGGAGCUGAAGGAGCAGCUUCAGGCCCUUCAGGACAGCGAGCGGGAGCACACCGAGGCGCUUCAGCUGCUGAAGCGACAGCUGGCCGAGACCAAGUCUUCCACCAAAAGCUUGCGGACCACCAUUGGGGAGGCGUUCGAGCGGCUGCACCGGCUGCUGCGUGAGCGGCAGAAGGCGAUGCUGGAGGAGUUGGAGGCCGACACGGCGCGCACGCUCACAGACAUCGAGCAGAAAGUCCAGCGUUACAGCCAGCAGCUGCGCAAGGUGCAGGAGGGGGCCCAGAUCCUGCAGGAGCGGCUGGCCGAGACCGACCGCCACACCUUCCUGGCCGGGGUGGCCUCGCUGUCUGAGCGGCUUAAAGGGAAAAUCCAUGAGACCAAUCUGACUUACGAAGACUUCCCAACCUCCAAGUACACGGGCCCCCUGCAGUACACCAUCUGGAAGUCCCUGUUCCAGGACAUCCACCCAGUGCCCGCCGCCCUGACCUUGGACCCGGGCACUGCCCACCAGCGCCUGAUCCUGUCUGACGACUGCACCAUCGUGGCCUAUGGCAACCUGCACCCACAGCCGCUGCAGGACUCCCCGAAGCGCUUCGACGUGGAAGUGUCGGUGCUGGGCUCCGAGGCCUUCAGCAGCGGCGUCCACUACUGGGAGGUGGUGGUGGCGGAGAAGACCCAGUGGGUGAUCGGGCUGGCCCACGAGGCGGCCAGCCGCAAGGGCAGCAUCCAGAUCCAGCCCAGCCGCGGCUUCUAUUGCAUCGUCAUGCACGACGGCAACCAGUACAGCGCCUGCACCGAGCCCUGGACCCGGCUCAACGUCCGCGACAAGCUUGACAAGGUGGGCGUGUUCCUGGACUACGAUCAGGGCCUGCUCAUCUUCUACAACGCCGACGACAUGUCCUGGCUCUACACUUUCCGCGAGAAGUUCCCGGGCAAGCUCUGCUCCUACUUCAGCCCCGGGCAGAGCCACGCCAAUGGCAAGAACGUGCAGCCGUUGAGGAUCAAUACCGUGCGCAUCUAGGGCAGCAGAGGGAGCCCCAGACACCGCCUGCACCGCGGCCACCCGCAGGAGCGUGGCCCAGGGGAGGAGAGGCCUGGACUCCGGUCCAGCGUGGCCACCGUGAGGUCUCAGACCGCUUGUUUACCCUUCAGCCUCCGUUGCCCUGUCUGUAAAAUGGAGGUCAUGCUCCAUGAUUCCUAAACUCUAUCAGCAUUGAUGUCCUGUAGUUCUCACCUUGAUGGGGAGGCAGCUUUGGUCCGAGGAUGUGACGUGGCUUCUCCUUGGGGCAGCCUCUGCCCAGCCCUCAUCCCCAUUCUCUGGGGGUGGGGGGCAGGGGGACCACCUCCCUAUGUUUCCCUCCUGCCCACACGCCCUGAUCUCAGGAUGUGUCAGAGUGUUGCCAGCAUUCGGCAGCCCGAAAGAUACACAGGAACCCUCUCAUGCUCCCAUGUCUAAGACUUGCCCCUCGCUAAGCCAUGGACCAUGUUACCCUUGACCCCAGCCCACA